UAAAAUAUAAAUAUAUUAGUCGGUCAGUCAGUUUAGAGCAGUGGUAGAAGUCGCAUCUUUUAUUCUUGUAUUUUUACUCGCGUAAUAGACAAGUGUUUAUUAUUAAUGUUGGCGAUUUAUACCGUGAUUUAACUGAAUGCUGUAGUCAAUUCUAAGUCCUCUAGCAGACUGCAUUAAAACGUGACUGCCGUUUACAUAGCUUGCUCAGAAAAAAGAUGAAUUAUUUAGGGAAAUUUAUCAGUAAUUUUCGGCAUGUAUAUAAUGAGAUCAAUCCAGCCACCUUAACUGGAGCCAUUGAUAUUGUCGUUGUGGAACAGCCGGAUGGUACAUUUACGUGUUCGCCUUUUCAUGUACGCUUUGGAAAAAUUGGUGUGCUACGAAGCAGAGAGAAAAUAGUUGAAAUUGAAAUUAAUGGAGAACCUGUUCAGCUUCAUAUGAAACUAGGAGAAUCUGGAGAAGCAUUUUUUGUUGAAGAAAUAUCAGAAGAAGAUGAUAUUGAAACAAUACCACCACAUUUAGCAUGCUCACCAAUACCCGAUGAUGAAGAACGAAAAACUAUUGAGUAUGCUAUUAACUUAGAACAAGUUGUUCCUAAAACAUUUUGUGCGGAAACUGUUGAUAGUGCAACACAAGAUUUUCAACCAUUAAAAUUUAGACCAAUUGAAGACUCUCCACCUCGACCACAAAUGCGGAAACGUCGGCGCAAAAAAUCUGUGAUCAAAAGAAAAGUUAAGGAUGAAACAAAGAAACUUGGGAAUACAUUUGGAUCUUGUGAUCUUCCAGCUCCUACUUAUUUAAUAGAUAAUGAAGACCGUUCCCAAGAACUAUAUUUGGAUAAUGAUUUACAUUUCUUUAGUGAUACAGAUGCUUCUCCAAGUUCAAAUUGUGGUGAGGUAAAAUAUAAUUGUGCUGCUGUUCAGUCAGAUACUGAAUAUGAACUUCAACAAAGAGCCAGAAAUUCAGCUGUUGAAAGUCUUAUUGGUAUAUCUGCAAUUAAUAAAACAGAUUUGAAUAAUGGCACAAGUGAUCAUCAAUUUUGGCGUUGGGGAGAAUUACCUACACCACCUGCACGCCGCAAUAGUUUGGAUUCUAAUGAUUCAAAAUUAAAUUUGCAAGAAGCUUCCAAAAAACAAGAAGCUGCUAAUCAGAGGUCUAUGUUAGCAAAUAUGUUGGGUUUUAUGAAAAAAACUAAACAUAUUCGUCAUAACUCUUCAGAGAAUGGAGGAAUAUAUUUAGCUGAUUUGUGUGCAGAUCAAUUAGAUCCUAAGAUAUUAGAAUUGUAUUUAUAUAAUCAAACUCCACCAAGACAAGAAGAAGUUAAAGUCAGUGAAGAAGUAGAUGAUGAUGAUAUAGAAUCUGGAAGAGGUGCUUCAAUAUCUCAUUCACCUACAAGUAUGGAUAGAGAAGGACCAAAAUCAAUUGAUAGUGAUUUUGAUGAAAAAUUCCACCAAAAUUUACCAUGUGAAGUAUCAGUUUCUUUAUGUGGAGAGUUAGAUUCACUGAAUGGUAAUGAUGUUAUUGAAGAGAAAUUUUCCAAACAUCAAAUUACUUAUGAAGAAUUCACUUCUGAUUUCAAUAAUCUUGUGAAGAAUCCUAAUUUAGUGGUGCGCAUAAAUAAAAAGUUUUAUAAUUGUCAGACUGCUUUGCCUCAUUUGAUCUCAAUAGCUGCAUAUCAAAAAUUGUUACCUCAGAAUGAAUAUUCUGAAGCUAAAGUGCAAGCAGAAAAUACUAAAGGUCUUAAUCGAGGUUAUACAUCUUGGUUCAAUUGGAGUCGUGCCAGUAAAGAUACUAAAUCCAAUACUCCAAUAGAAGGAAAUGUUUUAAAAAGUGAUUCCAAUAAUUUGUCAGAGCAACUUAUCAAUAGUAAUGAUAUAAAUGAAUGCCUAAAAACUGAAAUUGAUGGAAAAAUAGACAAUGAAUUGGUACCAUCUAACAAUAACUAUAUUCAAAGACAACGGUGCUAUAGUUCAACUGAUUCUGAGCUUGAGUUGGAAACAACUAAACUGUCAUUGAAGUCAAAAGAUAAAAGUGAUAUAUGUAGAAAAACUUUGAGAUUAACUUCAGAACAAAUCGCAAAAUUAAAUUUAAGAGAAGGUUCUAAUGAAAUUGUAUUUAGUGUAACAACAGCUUAUCAAGGUACUAGUCAUUGCAAAUGUUUCUUAUUUAAAUGGCGGUAUGAUGAUAAAAUUGUUAUAUCUGACAUUGAUGGAACCAUUACUAAAUCUGAUGUGUUGGGCCAUAUACUUCCAAUUGUUGGUAAAGAUUGGGCUCAAAGUGGUGUCGCAAAAUUAUUUACUAAAAUAAAAGAUAAUGGCUAUAAAUUAUUAUAUUUGUCAGCUAGAGCUAUUGGCCAAUCCAGAGUUACUAGGGAUUAUUUAAAAAGUAUCAAACAGGAAGAUUUAUCUUUACCAGAAGGACCUGUGCUAUUAAAUCCAACUAGCUUACUAAAUGCAUUUCACCGUGAAGUCAUAGAAAAAAAACCAGAAGAAUUCAAAAUCUCUUGUCUCAAAGACAUUCAAGCUUUAUUUCCAUCUGAAAAUAAACCAUUUUAUGCUGGUUAUGGAAAUAAAAUAAAUGAUGUAUGGUCAUAUCAAGCUAUUGGUAUACCAAUAUCAAGAAUAUUCACUAUAAAUCAUAGAGGAGAAUUGAAACACGAAUUAACUCAGACGUUUCAAUCUUCAUAUACUUAUAUGAGUACAAUGGUGGAUGAAAUGUUCCCUGUUUUACCCAUGCAAGAGUUGGAUUACAAUCAGUUUAUAUAUUGGCGUGAUCCAGUUCCAGAUUUUAAUUAGAGGAAAUUUACCAUUCCUUGAAAUUAUAAAUUUUAAACCAUAUAUAUUUAAUAUUUUACAAAUAAGAUUGCCAUAGUGACUUAUUUUUUAUUUUAUUUUUGUCUAACAUAAAUUGAAUUAAUUUAAUUUAUGGAUAUAUAUGUUAUAAUACUCAUUAUCAUAUAUACUUUUAUAAUAAGUAAAAGAAACAUGGAAAAAAUAAUAUUUAUUCAUUGUUUGUGAUAUAUUAAGACAUAUAAUGUAAGAGUCGAAUAGCGAUAAUCAUAUUUUUUAAUGUUAUUUUUUUGUGAUAAUUAUUAAAUUUGCCAUUUUUAUUG